AUGCUACAGCUUUCAACACAUCUACUACGGGCCCUUUGACCUCAGUAACAUGAAAUUCCUCAACAUCUCCUGUCCCCAAGGAUGCUCUGAGUCCGUCCUGUCGCUGGACACUGGGUACCGCGCCUCGGUGACCAUGGUACAGAAGGGUUGCUGGACAGGCCCGCCCGAGGGCCAGAUGCAGUCAAAUGACAUGGCGCUGCCGCCCGACUACUCGGUGAUGCGCGGCUGCGGGACCGACCUGUGCAACGCCCAACUGAUGACUCACGACGCCAUCCCCAACCUGAGCGCAGCGCCUGACCCUCAGACGCUCAGCGGCACCGAGUGCUACGCCUGCGUGGGGACCCGCCCGGAGGACUGCACCCCGGAGAAGUCCCGACGGGUCCAGUGUCACCAGGACCAAAGCGUCUGCUUCCAGGGCAAUGGCCAGAUGACCGUGGGCAAUUUCUCGGUCCCCGUGUACAUCAGAACCUGCCACCGGCCCUCCUGCACCAUCAUGGGCACCACCAGCCCCUGGACAGACAUCGACCUCGAGGGCUCCUGCUGUAGCGGGCACCUCUGUAACCGGGACGCUGUGAACCAGACCUUCACCUCCGCCUCGGCCACCAGCCCUCCCCAGGCGCCCCUUGUCAUGGUCCUGCUCCUCGUGCUUCCCCUACUGGCUGGCUCUCUGCAGAGCCCGUAGCCAGCCCCUCCAGCCUCUUCCUGAGCAGGAGGCUGGGGGCGGGGCGCUCGCACCCCCUCUCACUGCUCCAGCCCCUGUAAUAUGCAAAAUGAUAUCAAACAAGAGUUACACUCAGGUCCCUCUGGUUCCCUGCUGCUUCUCUACCGCCACCCGGCCCUCACCUGCUCAGCAGGUCCCCAGUGCCCCAGGUGGGGAGAAACAGCCACGUCCUGCCCCAUAGGAAGAACAAACCUGAUAAUAGAUACUACUUGCUGAGCACCAACCAGGCCUCGACUCGCCCGGCCCCACUCGCCCGGCCCGUGUCCUGUGGUCUCCGUUCGGAGCCCCAAACCCUCUUCAUCACUGUCAUCUUGAGAGGCUCAAGAGACAGUGCGCUGGUAAAAGUUAGGAGCCUGUACUCUGCAGCCGGGCCUCACAGUGAGAAUCCCAGCUCUGCCAUUUAGCUUGUGGGGGACUUUGGGCCAAUUACUUAACGUCCCUGCACCUGUACUUCCUCACCUGUCAGGUGGAAGUGAAAAUAAAAUCUACGAUAAUGACAAAACCUACUUCGCAGUGGUCGUGGUUAGGAUUUAAUGAGAUGAACGUGGAGUACCUGGGACACGACAGUCGCCCAGCAUAAGUCGACUAUCCCUAUGUGACAUGAGAGUUGGAGGCAGUGCUGGAGCUCAUGCAGCUAGUGAAUGGAUAAUCGAGAGAGUGACUCCCAGCCCGUCAAUCAAACUCCUAAAGGAUAAAAAGGCAUUGAAAAGAGAAGUAGGAGGAAGGGCGCGCUAGAUGGAGGGGCCGGCCUGGACAAAGAGUCGGAGGUAGGAAGGGACCCGGACACUUACACGAGCACAUGAACUUCACCCUUAGUGCACAUGCUUCACAAGGUCCUCUCACAUCCUUUCCCCCACUUGAUCUUCCCAACCACUCAAGAAGGCAGUCGAGAAGGGAGCUGCAUCCCCAUUUUGCAGACAAGUUGCCCAAGGCACAGUGAGAGUGAUUCUCAGAGUAAGUGGCAGAGCAAAGAUGGAUCCCUACGCCGUCUCAUUCUAUCUCAACGGGCAGCCUUGUGGGUGGGAGGGCACCCCAGAAACACUGCUAGACUCCUGUGAGGUCAGGGGAGAUGGAUUCCAGAUGUCUCCGCAUCCUGACAGAAGAGGAAGCUGGGUGUCAUUACUCAUGCAACAUCACAUUUACUGAGCACCUACUAUGUGCCAGGCACUGUUCUAGUUGCUGGGCAUACAGCACUCAACAAAACAGGCAGAAGUCCCGACCUUCAAGGAGCUGACUUUUCUGGUGGGGGGAGCAGACUUUGGAUUUCAUUACAAAUGUGGUUUAAAGGUGAGAUGGUCAGUCUGAUGUGUGAACUCGGCUAGGUGACAGUCCCAGUUAUUCAUUCAAAUGCUAAUCUGAGUGUUGCGGGGAAGGGUGUUUGUUAGAUAUGAUUAAAGUCCAUCAUCAGUUGACUUUAACUAAGGGAGAUGAUCCUAGGUCAUCUGGGCCUGAUUUAAUCAGUUGAAAGGCUUUAAGAGCAGAGCUGAGGUUUCCUGAAAAAGAAAGCUGCCCGCAGACGGCGGCUUUGGCCCGUGCCCAAGAGUUCCAGACUGCCCUGCUUGACAGCCUGCCCUAUGGGCUUCGAGCUUGCCUGGUUGGCCCCACAAUCACAUGAGCCAAUUCUUGCUAUAAAUCUCAUAAUGUGUAUCUCCUACUA